AUGCUCACCAGUGACCUGAGCGAUGACCCGGAUCUGGAGAGGGAGAGGAGAGCGAUGGCUGUGCGGGGCAAUAUGAUCGCCCGCAGAUUCGCACGCUGUAGUAACGAAGUCAAACUGACGCUUUUCAAGGCCUACUGUCAGACGUUCUACACGUGUAGUCUGUGGGUGAAAUUUACACAGAGAGCCUACAACGCAAUUCGCGUGCAAUACAACAACAUCCUCAGAAUAUUGUUGCGGCUGCCGAGACAUUGCAGUGCAUCCAGAAUGUUUGCUGAGGCGCGUACAGAUGACUUUUUCGCCGUCAGGAGAAAAAGAGUUGGAUCACUGCUAAGUCGUAUGCGGGGCAGCAGCAACGGCCUUCUGAGGGCGUUGGCUGAGCGUCUCGACUCUCCUCUCACUCGCUACUGGGUGGAAGUGGCGAUUGGCAGGGCCAAGUAG